AUGGCAGAAUCGCUAAAUUUUGCUGCUCCUGCGAGGACGCGAGUUCUAGUGGUACCGUUGAACAAAGGAAACCCUGACUUCCAACAAUACUAUGACAAAAUACGAAGUGCCAACGAUAUACGUUUGUUAGACGUGGCACCGCUACCUGAAGCCCGAAAUUUCAAUCCUCAAGCUUUUCCUCAGGGCAGGAUACUCUACGAUUUCUGUGCGAGCCCGCCAGACGAAGAUGUCCUGUUCUUACAUGACUUUGAACCAUUCAGGAAAACCUUCAUUGUCUUAGGUGUGGGUAGUUACGAGGACUUCGAAGAGAACGCUGUCGAAAAGCUCUCAGACGUCCAGCCUACAGCUAUCGUUCACAAUUGCAUUUAUUUUAACUCACCUGCGGACAAGAUCGAGUCCCAGAAGCACGCAUCACUGGCCCCCCAGGAUGUCUUCUUUGUGCCAUCUUUGGAAGAUCAAAAUAUCACUACUUUAGAAACAACCAUGUGCUAUGUGACCGAACUAUAUCUCAAAGCGCUAGCAUCUUACGUGUCUUCCUACGAAAAGAUCACUCUUCGAUCACCCGUUUCCUUGAGAGAUGGCACAGCAUUACACAAAACCAUCACCUACGCUCAAAAGAAGGUGACUUCGGGAUCUUCAUUUAAAGUCUCGUUCUCAAAGAAUCAGACGCUUCUGUCGACACCAGAUCUGAAGGUCAAAGCUUCCCAAAGACAAACAGGUAGACAAGCUAAACUCAUGGGAAAUUUUUUGCUCCUUGCAGGUCAGGCAAACGACGCAUUGCAGUAUUUCACCGAUGCUGCCAUCAAUCUUAGGAAGUCUGACGAUAACCUUUGGUUGGGCAGCGCUCUUGAGGGUCUUGCGGUAUCAUCAUUGAUGCUUUCAUAUUUGGGUAUACCACAUCAGGCUCUGAACCCUAUGCUUGCAUCGGUAUUACACAUUCACAAGAAUAAGCUCAGCUCUAUCACUUCAGCGCAAAAACGUUUGUCAACUGAUUCAUUGGGCACCAUGUUUUACAGCCUCAGCGACUCAGAUUUCGAGAACGGCGUCCCUGAUUUGGUGUAUAUCGAAUUCCUUCUCCGAAGCAUUAAGCUAUUCAUCAACAUCUAUCAGGCUGGUGCAGGUUCAGAGCUGCAAGUCCUCGAAGCAACGAUAAAGUCCGCUCCACUCGACAGUGUAAGUCACAGAGACCCAGUCUUGCGGAGUGAAAUUCUUGCACUCAUUGAUCAAAUUUUCAGCAUGCAACUCAUUGACUUGGAAUUUUUCAAGCAAUGCCGUGUCUACUAUACUUUGGCGAUCAUCUACUCAGACUUGGGACUUCGUCGGAAACGUGCAUUCAUACUUCGCAUAUUACUAGUCGCUCUUUUACCAAAACUAAACCACAACGCUCAUUUACCGGAUUUCAUAACAGCAGAGAGACUCACAGAGAUUUUCGAAUUCCUCUUUGAGAUGUACAGCAUUGGCAGGCAGACUGAAGCCAAAGAUAUUGAGGCGGCAGGACAUUAUUCUGAUUGGAUCACCCUCCAGCUUCUGCUCCUCAAGAUAUGCCUACGUAUCACAGAAUCACUUAAGGACUAUGAAAUGUUGGCUAAGAUAUGCGUUUUGAUACUAUCAAGGUAUACUCAUUGCUUACCUAACGAGGAUCAGAUAAAGUUGAAAAGGAAAAUGGACUGGCUUGCUCUUCUAUCGAAGGAAAGUCAUAACUCCAUUCUGAUUCCCCAUCCAGACCCAUUCAUGGUUAGAAAUGCCAAAUUCGUUCUCCAGCUGCAAGCCGAUGAGCUUGUUCCAUUUCAGACACCUCCUUCAACAACCCCCACAAGUGGGAAUGAUCCACUCAUUUUCAAUCCUUUUAGUAAAGUGCCAAAGGAUUUGCCUUCCAAAGACAAACUCAUUUGCGUGAAUGAUAUACACCAGGUUGUCAUUCUCCUCCAAAAUCCAUUCGCUUUUGAUUUGAAUGUGUCUGACAUUAGCAUCGUUGCUGACGACCAAAGAGUUGUCGAGACAGUAAGACCGCUGAUGAGAGUCGUUGGUGUUUCUGGCUUCAAUAAGCAAGAUCUCAGCAAGCUCAAUGGGAUGCAGUUCCACCCUAGCAAGCUUUACGACUCUGAACAGCGUGCUCUGGAGACCACCAACAAUGUUGUUGUUCCUCCAUCUUCCUUAUGUCAUGUUGUCAUCGCAUUCAAAAUCACUCAACCUGGUGUUUUCAAAAUUUCAGAAUUUGACGUCACUUUUGGUACAUCAGAGCCGCAACGAUUUAGCAUAAUUGAUCUGGAAAAAUCGAACGCAAAUUUAAGGCUUCUGGUUAUCAAUCCCACCAAAGAAGAUCCAAGCAACGUGCUUGACAAAUGUGCUGACAACCUUCAACACAAAAAUGUUGCUGGACGAGCAACAACGAGACGUCUCACUUUAACUGUGAUACCUUCACAAGCAUCACUUUCCCUUGUGGCUAACCUGAUUUCUAACGGGUGGCUAAUGCUUCUUGAGGGCGAAAAGAAAGAAUUUUCAAUCAAGUUAAAGAACACUUCCAAUAUCCCCAUUAACUACUUGUCAUUUUCCUUUUGGGAUUCCACAAACGACUCUAUCAAUUCGAGGUUGAAUCACGCAGGUGCGAAUCAACUCUCAGCCGAGGAAGUCCAUGAGCUUGAGUGGCAGCUUUUGGAGAACAAACCUUUCACAGUUGUGAACAAACAAGAAAUAUCGUCCAAGUAUAAGAUCAUUCAGCCGCUGUCUAUUGUCGAGUUUCAAUACCAAAUCAACGGCAAAAGGGGUAUGGCCGAGCUGAGGUUGAUACUCGAAUAUUGCAAUAGGUCAUCCGAUGAGAAACGCAAGAACUAUAUAAAGACAAUCAGCGUGCCACUCAACAUCACAGUACAGCCUUCAUUGGAGAUCAUUGGAUGUGACGUCAUUCCUUUCUUCUCGACAUCAUUGCAAGGCUUUCAAUUGGGCAACCAUCCUGAAAAAGAAAGUUUUAUCGAAAAGAAUAUCAGCGAUCUAUUGAAGUUCAUUUCAAAAGCUAAGGAAUCCGACGAUGACGACAUUUCUCAAUAUUGCCUUUUGGUGCUUGACGUUCGCAACUUAUGGAAAGAAAAGCUAGCUCUCAAGAUAACAAAUGAAGUGCAAAGUGAUAUGGCAUUCGUUGUGAACGAAAAGAUUGAGUCCACAAAGACCAGCAGACUCUUGCUUCCUAUUCGGAGGAUGUGCCUCGAGGAUGUUGAUGUCAGCCGCCCUAUACCCUCAUUACGAAAGAAACAAUAUGUCAAGAACUACUCCAUCACUGCGGAAGAGGACGAGCAAAACCGAAAGAAUUUUUGGAUCAGAUCAUUCUUGUUACAAUGCCUUGAAGGUUCUUGGCACACUGUCACGAGAACCUCUCCAAGAUCAGGUACAAUUGACCUCAGAAACAUCCGCUUGGAUUCCAGGAUGGCAAAUGCAUUGGUAUACGACAAUAUUCUGAUUCAACACAGCAUUUGGAGUGUCGAAGGAACCCCAGGGAUAAUUGACAAGAAAGAGAAUGAGUACAGUUUGGAUAAGGAACGUUUCUACACCCUAAAGACGAAGAUAGUUAAUCAUACCAAAACGGCACUUUCGGGAGUUUUACGCCACGUCCCUUUCCCAACAUCCGAAUCCAACAGACCAGACAUAUCGAUUGAUCAAAGGAUCCUUUUCAAUGGCGUACUUCAAAAAACUGUUGGCCCCAAACAAAUUGCUCCAAGCGGGCAUGUUGAGUUGGAACUAGGAUUCAUGGUACUUGAAAAGGGCAAAUAUGAAUGGGGUUGUGUGUUCGAUGACUUUAACGGUUCAGGCAAAAAGACUGUUGGAAGAGAGCCUGUUUACAUCACUGUGGUUUGA